AUGGCCUCGCGCCUCCUGCCGCCGGCGCUCGCGCCGCUGCUCCUCCUCCUCUCGGCGGCGGCGUCGCCCGCGGCCGAGGCGACGCUGCACCCGGUGGACUACCUGGCGCUGCAAGCCGUGCGGCGGGCGCUGACGGACCUCCCAGGCUCCCGCUUCUUCGCCUCCUGGGACUUCACAGGCGACCCCUGCUUGUUCGCGGGCGUCUCCUGCUCCCCGGACGGCCGCGUCACCACACUCGCCCUCGGCGACCCGCGCGCGGGCGCGCCGGGCCUCGCCGGCACCUUCCCGUCCGCGGCCAUCGCCACGCUCCACGCGCUGACCUCGCUCUCCCUCGUGCCGGGCCGCGUCACGGGGACGCUCUCCCCGGCCGUCACCUCCCUGCCCGCGCUCCGCUUCCUCGCGCUCGCUGGGAACCUCCUCUCCGGCGACCUCCCGGCGUCCUUCGCGCCCGCGCUCCGCACCGUCGACCUCAGCAAGAACGGGUUCACGGGGCGGGUACCCGCGUCGCUGCUCCAGCUGCGGGUCCUGCGGACGCUCGUCCUCUCCCACAACGCGCUCUCCGGCGAGAUCCCGCGGGCGGUGAGGUCCCCGCUGCUCCACCUCGACCUCCGCAGCAACCGCCUGUCGGGCGGGGUCCCGCCGCUGCCGGGCACGCUGGUGUACCUCUCGCUGGCGGGGAACCGGCUCUCCGGACCCGUCGGGGGCGUGCUGCGGCGGCUGCCCAGGCUGUCGUUCCUCGACCUCGGACGGAACUUGUUCUCCGGCGAGGUGCCCGGGGAGGUGUUCGCGUUCAGCCGGAUCGGGUACCUGCAGCUGCGGAAGAACGCCUUCUCGGGGGAGCUCCGCCCGGCCGGGCGCGUCCCGCCGGGCGCCACCGUGGACCUCAGCCACAACGCGCUCUCCGGCCGCGUCCCGCCCGAGCUCGCCACGGCAAGCGCGGUGUACCUCAACGGCAACCGGCUCGCGGGCGAGGUGCCGCGGGAGGUGGCCGCGGCGGCCGAGGCGGGGCGGAUGCGGGUGCUCUUCCUCCAGGACAACUUCCUCACAGGGAUCGCGGUGGGUGGCGUCCCCGCCAGCGCCGCCGUGUGCGCGCACUGGAACUGUGUCGCGCCGCCGCCGGCUGUCGUCGCCGCCUGCCCUGCCAAGGGCGGCAGGGGACGCCGGCGGCCACAGACGCAGUGCCGCGGCCGGAGGGGGUGA